AUGUCUGCUUUAUUUGCUGUAUCUAGGUCAGCAAUGGCCUUACGUUCUGUGGCCCCAGUAUCAGUCAAAACUACGUCGUUUUUAACCUUGGCAAGACUUUAUUCUUCAGGCAAAUUCCCACCACACACAGUCAUUCAUAUGCCUGCAUUGUCCCCAACCAUGACACAGGGUGGUAUUUUGGAAUGGAGCAAAAAAGUUGGUGAUGAAUUGACUCCAGGUGAACCAAUUGCUGAGAUUGAAACUGAUAAAGCAUCGAUGGAUUUUGAAUUCCAAGAAGAAGGUUAUUUAGCCAAAAUCUUGAAAGAAGCUGGAUCCAAGGAUGUUCCAGUUGGAGAACCUAUUGCUGUUUACGUAGAAGAUGCUAAUGAAGUUUCGGCAUUUGAUAAUUUCACUGCCGCUGAUGCCGGUGAAACUCCAAAACAACCAACACCAGAAAAGGAAGAAGAAAAGCCAAAGGAAGAGGAGUCCAAGCCAAAGGGAGAAUCUACAAAAACCGAAUCUAAAUCUUCGUCUGCUUCAAAAUCUUCUUCGUCUGCUGCCUCAUCAGGAAGAAUUUUUGCAACCCCAUUGGCCAAAACCAUUGCUUUGGAUAAAGGUAUUUCGUUAAGACUGGUUAAAGGUUCAGGUCCACACGGUAGAAUCGUUGCCAAGGAUAUUGAAGGUCUUGAACCAGCACAAGCAGCUGCAGCUCCUUCCGCCACUACUACUGUUGCCCCAUCUGGUGCUACUUAUGAAGAUAUUCCAUUAACCAACAUGAGAAAGACCAUUGCCACUAGAUUAUUACAAUCAACUCAACAAUCACCAACUUAUAUCAUCCAAUCACAAAUUUCAGUUUCAAAGUUGUUGAAAUUACGUGCAUCGUUGAAUGCUACUGCUGAAGAAAGAUAUAGAUUGUCUGUUAAUGAUCUUUUGAUCAAAGCUAUUGCCAUUGCGUCAGUUAGAGUCCCACAAAUAAAUGCAGCUUGGUUGGGUGACCAAGGUGUUAUUAGACAAUACAAGAAUGUUGAUGUAUCAGUUGCUGUUGCUACUCCAACUGGUUUGAUCACCCCAAUUAUCAAAAAUGCUCACAACAAGAGAUUGACCGCUAUUUCAAACGAGAUUAAGGACUUGGGUAAGAGAGCCAAGAUUGGUAAAUUGAACCCAGAAGAAUACCAAGGAGGUACCAUUUGUAUUUCCAACUUGGGUAUGAACCAUGCUGUUACUGCUUUUACCUCGAUCAUCAACCCACCACAAUCAGCAAUUGUUGCUAUUGGUACUACAGAAAAGAAGGCAGUACCUAGCGAUGUCAAUGAGCAAGGCUUCAUCUUUGAUGAUGUAUUGACCAUCACCGGUACUUUUGAUCAUAGAGUUGUUGAUGGUGCUCUUGGAGGUGAAUGGAUUAAAGAAUUAAAGAGAAUUGUUGAAAAUCCAUUGGAAAUGUUGGUCUAA